AAUGCGUAUGUCUGACAUGUAUGUCUGAUACUCACUGUCUUGAACAAAUUGGCUUAUGAAGCCACGUUAGAUGCUUCUCUGAUUGGAAUGAACUGUUUUAUGAGCGCCAGUGCUUGCAAAGCAAUUGGAAUAAACUUCAGAAUCUGUGAUAGUCUUAAAUUGAUCUCUCUAAUUAUGGUGCAUCCAGUUCAUGUCCGGGUGUGCAAACGAUGGGUAAUGUGCAUCCAUGCCUGUAAAUCAGACAGCUGUGAGAGUGCAAAAUGUGAUGGGUAUUAACUGGUGUAAAAUCAACAAGGGGAAAACCUGUUGUGUCUAUUGGUACAUGAGGCCUUAUUUGCAGAAUGUUCCCACAUAACAAAGGCCACCCAGGGACCAUUCCUCAAGGUGACAGGUGCCCCUCCCCUGGCCCUGACCCACCGCAGCCUGGACCUACUGCGGCCAGGGGAGAGGUGCCUUCCCCCCCCCCAGCCCAGGUGCUGCUGCACUGAGAGAGAGUUGGGGGGAGUCCUCUAUCCCCACUGUAGCCCUGGGGAGCCUCACUGCACCCCAACCCCCUCAUCCCCAGCUCCACCCCAGAGUCCGCACCCUCAGCCAGAGCCCUCACCCCCCCACACGCACACCGAAACCCUUUGCCCCACCCCUGAGCUCUUCAUCCCCGGCACCACCCCAGAGCCCACAUCUCCAGCUGGAGUCCUCACCCCCCUGCACCCCAACCCUCUGCCCCAGCCCUGAGCCUCCUCCCACACUCUGAACCCCUCGGCUCCACUCCCCAUACAUGGAUUUUAUCAUGUGCACCAAUAUGGAGGUGAUGUGUCACAUAUCACCUCCAUAUUGGUGCACAUAACAAAAUUCAUUCUGCACAUGGGUGGGAAAAAUUAGGGGGAACACUGCCCCUGGGCUAAAUAAUCACUGCCAUAAGCAGUGGAAUCAAUGGAGCUGUGCUGAACUAUACAGCAGAAAAUUUGUCCCCAUUAUUUUAGGUAGGAAAAUCACAAUGUAUCACAAAUCACAGUAUUUUCACAAAUCUUGUCAGCACUUGCAACUUAACAAAGGAAAGAAUCAGGGUCAGUUCCGUCCCUCACUCUCCACAUCUUUUUCAGUAUAAGGAGAUGGUAUUACUUCUGUAUAUGACAUGAAUGAGACUAUUAUUGGAAUACUGGGUCCAGUUCUGGUGUCCACAUUUCAAAAAGGAUGUUGCAAAAUUGGAAAGGGCUCUGAAAAGACUUAGAAAAAUGAUUUUGAGGUCUGGAAAGCAUGCCUUACAGUGAGAGACUUAAGAAGAUCAAUCUAUUUCAUUUAUCUAAGAGAAGAUAAAGAGGUGACUUGCUCCAGUCUACAAGUAUCUACAGAGGGAAGACAUUUUGAUAGUAGAAAACUCUUUAAUCUAUCACAAAAAGGCCUAAUGAGAUCCCGUGUUUGGAAGCUGAAGCUAAAUAAAUUCAGACUAGAAAUAAGGUGCAAAUUUUUAAUAGUGAGGUAAUUAACCAUUAGAACAACUUAGUUAGGGAUCAGAGUAACAGCCGUGUUAGUCUGUAUCCGCAAAAAGAAAAGGAGUAUUUGUGGCACCUUAGAGACUAAUGCUCAAAGAAAUUUGUUAGUCUCUAAGGUGCCACAAGUAGUCCUUUUCUUUUUAGUUAGGGAUGUGGUAGAUGCUCCAUCACCUGAAGUCUUUAAAUCAAGACUGGAUGUCUUUCUAAAAGAUACACUAUAGCUCAAACAGAAGUUAUGGAGUUGAUGCAGAAAUUACUGGAUGAGGUUGUAUGGCCUAUGUUACGCAGGAGGCCAGACUAGAUGAUCAUAAUGGUUCCGUAUCACCUUAAAAUCUAUGAAACACCUUCAUGGUCACUCAGUCUAGAGUCCCAGGAAUCAUAGAUUCACUUCCUUUCCGGGUUGACUCAGCCCUUUAUAUCCUCCAAGUAGAUCGAUGACAUUCCAUGGUGUUCACUGUACAUGAAUCGUUGGAUGAUGUUUUCAAACCUGAGGUCCUCUUUGCUCUGUGUGGAUAUCGACAUGCUCUGAUGCAUGAUUCUAAUGGUGCACCAGAUUCUCUCUUAGCCCUGGUCUACACUACAGGGUUAGGUCAAAUUUAGCCGCAUUAGGUCGAUUUUAUAAUGAAUGCGUCUACACAAGCAACCCUGUUCCAUCGACCUAAAGGGCUCUUAAAAUCGACUUCUGUACUCCUCCCCAGCAAGGGGAGUAGCACUAAAAUCGACCUUGCUGGGUCGAAUUUGGGGUAGUGUGGACACAAAUUGACGUUAUUGGCCUCUAGGAGCUAUCCCAGAGUGCUCCAAUGUGACUGCUCUGGACAGCACUUUGAACUCCGAUGCACUAGCCAGGUACACAGGAAAAGCCCCGGGAACUUUUGAAUUUCAUUUCCUGUUUGGUCAGCAUGACGAGCUCAGCAGCACAGGUGACCAUGCAGUCCCCCCAGAAUCGCAAACAAGCUCCAGCGUGGACCGAAAGGGAGAUACUGGAUCUGAUCGCUGUCUGGGGAGAAGAAUCUGUGCAGGCAGAACUCCGAUCAAAAAGAAGAAAUGCAAAUAUACAUGCCAAAAAUUGCACGGGGCAUGAUAGACAGAGGCUACAACAGGGACACACAGCAGUGCUGUGUGAAAGUCAAGGAGCUCAGGCAAGCCUACAAAAAGACAAAGGAGUCAAACGGUCACUCCGGGUCAGAGCCCCAUACACACCGCUUCUAUGAUCAGCUGCAUGGCAUUCUAGGGGGGGACCCUACCACUCCCCACCACUGUCCAUGGACACCUGCAAGGGGGGCAGUCUCACCCAACACGGAGGAGGAUUUUGUGGAUGAAGAAGAGGAGGAGGAGAAGGAGAAUGCGCAGCAGGCAAGCGGUGAAUCUGUUCUCCCCGGCAGCCAGGACCUUUUCAUCACCCUGGAGCCAAUACCCUCCCAUGGCGGGAUCCCCGACCCUGAAGGCGGAGAAGGCAGCUCUGGUGCAAAUGUUUCUAUGCUCCCCAUAUCAUCUCCAUCCCUGAGUUUAUCUCAGAUUAGAAGGCGAAAAAAACGCACUCGCGAUGACAUGUUUUCAGAGCUCAUGCAGUCCUCCCGCACUGAUAGGGCACAGCUGAAUGCAUGGAAGCACUCAGUGGCAGAGUCCAGGAAAGCAUUAAGUGAGCGUGAAGAGCAGAGGCAGGAGGCAAUGCUGAGGCUAAUGGGAGAGCAAAUGGACAUGCUCAGGCGUCUUGUGGAGCUGCAGGAAAGCCAACAAGAGCACAGACCGCCGCUGCAUCCACUAUACAACCGCCUGCCCUCCUCCCCAAGUUCCAUAUUCUCCUUGCCCCAAAACGCCCAAGAACGCGGUGGGGGAGGCUCCGGGCACCCAGCCACUCCACUCCAGAGGAUGACCAAAGCAACAGAAGGCUGUCAUUCAAACAGUUUUGAUUUGUAGUGUGGCUACAAUAAGCAGUGUGCUCUUGUCCUUCCCUCCCCCACCCCACCCGGGCUACC